UUUGGUGAAUUAGUCAGUAUCUCCUCCAAAAGUGAAAUAGUCUCAAAUUGUAUAAAAGGGUCCAGCAAGCCUCUAGAUUUCAUGCAAAAGGCGACAACUAGCAAACUAGAUCUUCUCAGAGAAACUUGCGAUAUCAACAGGUGUAUUUAUUGUCCAAGCAUUUUGACUUCUCUGUACCUGUCAAGCCGAAGUUUAAUAGACGAAUCACCUACCUAUUUUCAACGAGCCAAAAUUAUUUUCGGCGAACAUUGAGAAUACAUCUUGAAGAAUUUGAGACCUAUCCUCAGCAGGUCCGUAUAUCUACGCCAUUUUAGAAUUCAAUCCAGUAACAGCAACAGUAUCAUCAGCAAAUAUGACUACCUAUGAAGACGAUAUCGCCGCCCUGGUCAUCGACAACGGAUCUGGUAUGUGUAAAGCUGGCUUCGCCGGGGAUGAUGCGCCUCGAGCCGUCUUUCCUUCGGUGGUCGGACGACCUAAGCACCAGAUAAUAAUGACUGGUAUGGGGAAUAAGGACAGCUACGUCGGAGACGAGGCACAGGCAAAGAGAGGAAUUCUAUCCCUCAAAUACCCCAUCGAACACGGCAUCGUCACCAACUGGGAUGAUAUGGAGAAGAUCUGGCACCAUACCUUCUACAACGAGCUCCGUGUCGCCCCCGAAGAACACCCGAUGCUUCUCACUGAAGCCCCGAUGAACCCUAAAGCUAACAGGGAAAAGAUGACACAGAUUAUGUUCGAGACUUUCAACACACCUGCCUUCUACGUCGCCAUCCAAGCAGUCAUGUCCCUCUACGCCUCAGGUCGGACAACCGGAAUCGUCUUCGACGCCGGUGAUGGCGUCUCCCAUGUCGUGCCGAUCUACGAAGGGUACUCCCUCCCCCAUGCGAUCCUUCGUCUUGACCUAGCCGGUCGUGACCUUACCCAUUAUCUCAUGAGGAUCCUGUCCGAGCGAGGCUACUCAUUUACUAGUUCAGCCGAGCGAGAAAUCGUACGCGACAUCAAGGAGAAACUCUGCUACGUCGCCCUCGACUUCGAUCAGGAGAUGCAAGCAGCUGCUUCAUCGUCAUCCAUCGAGAAGAGUUACGAACUCCCAGACGGCCAGGUCAUCACCAUCGGCAAUGAGAGGUUCCGAGCUUCCGAAAGCCUCUUCCAACCAUCUUUCCUCGGCAAUGAAUUCGCCGGCAUCCACGAGACAGUCUACAACAGCGUCAUGAAGUGUGACAUGGAUAUCCGCAGGGACCUUUACGCCAAUACCGUCCUGUCCGGGGGCUCCACCAUGUUCCCGGGGAUCGCCGACCGAAUGCACAAGGAGCUCACAGCAUUGGCUCCUCCAUCGAUGAAGAUCAAGGUCAUUGCUCCACCCGAGAGGAAGUACUCCGUCUGGAUCGGUGGAUCCAUCUUGGCAUCUCUCUCCACCUUCCAAAAUAUGUGGAUCAGCAAACAGGAAUAUGACGAGAGUGGCCCCGGGAUCGUCCAUAGGAAAUGCUUUUAGACAGACUAUCACAGACAUUUCAUAAAUAUCAGGACAUCUAUUACACGACAUGCGCUCCGAUUUCGUAAUAUUUCUGCCCCCUUUAUAGGUCAUGUGCGGGGAUGGGGGUGGCGACCCUCUCCAAAAGGCCGUUGUACAAAAUUCGAAUUAAAGGGAGGGGACACCUACCCCCCCCCCCCACCCCGAUCACUGCCCAGGAUAAAGGGCGUGAUGAGUAAACAUAUUUUGGAGGGCAUUCGGGAAUAGAGGUGGUUUUUGUUGGGCGUUUUCUAUCGAAUCUGUGUGGUGUAUUUAAAUAUUGAUAUUGUGUUAUACAUUGUAAAUACAUCGUUAGCUCAUUAUUUAAGUGUUCGUUUCAACUUUAGUUAUAAUGUUUUUUUUUUGUAUCCGACAUGCAAUAACAUGUGCAUUAUGUUUGUAUGCAGGGAUCCCCUUUCCAUGGAACGUGAAGUUUUACAUAUUGAUAUGAACUGCUGUUCUUUUCUUUUAAUAUACACAACGGGUAAUCGUUAUGUACGUUAUCAGACGUUGUUUCUAUUUUUACAUAAAUUAUUGAUUGAUUUGUGUUUACAAAGAGAUAAAAUUUUGCUGAAUAUUAUAUACAUAUUUAUAUUUGAAAAUAAAGUAUUCAAAUCAAUAA